UCGACACCUUCUAGGCCGCUGUGGGCGGGGCUUACAGGGACCAGGCCGGCCCUCCCGGGCCCCGCGCGCUUUCAGGAUGUCGGCACAGGCCCAAAUGCGCGCGAUGCUGGACCAGCUCAUGGGCACCUCCCGGGACGGGGACACUACCCGUCAGCGAAUCAAAUUCAGUGAUGACAGAGUAUGCAAAAGUCAUCUUCUCAACUGCUGCCCUCAUGACGUCCUCUCUGGAACAAGGAUGGACCUUGGAGAAUGUCUGAAGGUGCAUGAUUUGGCAUUAAGAGCGGAUUAUGAAAUCGCAUCAAAAGAACAAGACUUUUUCUUUGAGCUUGAUGCAAUGGAUCAUCUGCAGUCAUUCAUAGCUGACUGUGAUCGGAGAACUGAGGUGGCAAAGAAAAGAUUGGCAGAAACCCAAGAGGAGAUCAGUGCUGAAGUUGCAGCCAAGGCUGAACGAGUCCAUGAAUUGAAUGAAGAAAUUGGGAAGCUGCUUGCCAAAGUAGAGCAACUUGGAGCUGAUGGAAAUGUGGAAGAAUCACAGAAAGUAAUGGAUGAAGUGGAGAAAGCAAGGGCAAAGAAGAGGGAAGCAGAGGAAGUGUACAGAAAUUCAAUGCCUGCUUCUAGCUUCCAGCAGCAGAAGCUUCGUGUCUGUGAAGUGUGCUCAGCUUAUCUUGGUCUACAUGAUAACGACAGGCGGCUUGCUGAUCACUUUGGAGGAAAACUCCACUUGGGUUUUAUUGAAAUAAGAGAGAAACUUGAAGAGCUUAGGAGAAUCGUGGCUGAUAAACAAGAGAAAAGAAAUCAAGACCGCCUCAAGAGGAGAGAAGAGCGGGAGAGGGAAGAAAGAGAGAAACUAAGGAGAUCCCGAUCCCAUAGCAAGAACCCCAAGAGAUCUAGGUCCCGAGAUCGCCGCAGACAUCGAUCUCGUUCAUCCUCACGUGACCGAAAGAAAAGAACUCGAUCAAGAUCCCGUGAGAAACGUCACCGUCACAGAUCUCGUUCCGCCAGUCGCAGCAGGAGCCGCAGCCACCAGAGAAGCAGGCAUAGCUCCAGGGACAGGAGCAGAGAACGCAGCUCUAAAAAAAGAUCCUCAAAAGAAAGAUCAUCCAGAGACAAAGAACGGUCAAGAGACCAUAACAGAACAUCACAUGACAAAGACAGGAGCUCCAGAGAGAAAUCGCCUAAAGACCGAGAUUGCAAAGACAGGAAGCGUUCCUAUGAAAGUGCUAAUGGCCGAUCAGAAGACAGAAGGAGUUCAGAGGAGCGUGAAGCAGGGGAAAUAUAACUGGCUGUACAUUCAUUUGAUCCUUUAGCUUCCUAUGGAGUUGCAUACUGUGGUUUAGUUUACAGUUACUCAAAGGGACACCAGUGAGCAGAUCCACACUGAUCCAACUAGGGUAGAUGUACAGUGUAUGCGAAUGGUUAUAAUGAAGUUUGAAUCGACCCUCUCAAUUGGUGACAGCUAAAGCAAUGUCCUAUCCCCUCCCCUUCCCUACAACAAACUUGUAAAAUGUUAUUUUCACAAAAUCUCUCUUCAAGACAACACUUUUAUGUACCAUGAUGUAGAUCUCAAUGUUUUAUUCUCCUUUUUCAAUACAAGUUAUAGUGAACAAACUAUAUUGUGCUCUUUGCCUUGGAUGCUUUCAAACCUUUAUAAAAUCUUCUAAUUUUCCUCCAGUCCAGACA